UUGUUCUUGGUAGCAAUAUGCUGGGAUCAAUGGUUUCCAGAGGCUGCAAGGGCUAUGGUUCUUCAAGGUGCAGAGAUACUGUUUUACCCAACUGCUAUAGGAUCAGAACCACAAGAUUCAGAACUAGAUUCUCGCGAACACUGGAAGCGAGUAAUGUGUGGUCAUGCUGGAGCCAACUUGGUUCCACUUGUAGCCUCUAAUAGAAUAGGCAAGGAAACCAUUGAAACAGAACAUGGUGAUACCACAAUAAAGUUCUAUGGAAAUUCAUUCAUAGCAGGUAUUUCUAUU